AUGACGUAUUGUAUGAUCCCACAUAUCUGUAAUCCCGUCACCGGAGAAGUUGUUAAUCUUCCAAAAAACCUAUUGGUCGAGGAAGACUAUGAAAAGCCUCAUCGUUUUGGAGAUGAUUUUAUUAGUAGAUUUGGCUACAUUUUUUCAGCUGAUGAAUACAAGGUUGUUAGAAUAUACGCUAGAUGUGGUUAUCCGUCUAAGGACCGGUGCCUCAAAGUCCAAGUAUACACUCUCGGUAACAUUCUAGGGUGGAGAGACAAAGGAAGACCUAACAUCUAUAUAUCAAAAAAUUCAGAAGCCGAUGGCAGUAGAAAUGGUGUCUUUGCAAACGGAGCCCUUCAUUGGAUAGAGAAUGAGAAACAUAAAAUUGUGGCUUUUGAUUUGGCAGUUGAGAAAUUCAUAUUGAUUCCACUACCAUCAGAUUAUUCGCGCAUGGAUAUUGGUUAUUUAAAUUUUACUCUUAAGUUGUUGGGAGGUUACUUAUCUGUUUAUCAAUUAACUGGAGAACAAGGCAGAAUAUUCGUUGACAUAUGGUCAUUAAAGAAAAAGAAACAGUGUAAUUAA